AUGGCCUCAGUCGCCACAGCAGCGAUCCUGUGUUGGAGUCUCAUCACGACUUGCCUUUCGCAGCACACGUCUCCUGGCAUUCAUCUUCCGCUGUUCCGACGCGGCGGUCGAUUCUCUCGCCAUGAGCCCGCGAACCUCACUUACCUCACUCAGAUCCUCAAUGAUGUCGAGGCGAAGUACGCGCGCACUUAUCGUGCAGUGGAGGGAAAUCGCCUUGUGCGCAGGUGGCGGCAGAGUACAGAGAAAGACGAGAAUGAUCCAGAGGUAAUUGAUGUUGCGGGACAUGAGAACCGAUGGUUCACAAUACUCGAGGUGGCCAAUCCGAAGCAGACACUCGAGGUGGCCAAUCCGAAGCAGACACUCGAGGUUGAUAUCGACAUGCUGUCGCCGGAUUUUUACACGGUCGUCACCUCGAGCGCGAUGGGCAUGGGCUAUAAUGCCUCUGCAUCAGACAGUCACGGUUUCAGUGACGAUCGCGUGCACGCCAUCUGCAAACGCUCCAGCGAAGAGUUCCAUUUCUCCGGGAUGUUCCCAGUCCGGCUCAACAUGCCAAUAUGCGCGCCUUCGAAGUCGUCUCGACAGACACUGGCAAUGUCGGGUACACUGCUCGGGCUUGGACCACAUACAGAGUCCCUGGCUCGCCUGGCCUCGACUCCGUUCCUGACACAGUUGAAAGAGCGAGACCUGGCCGAAAACAGAAUAUGGUCUGCGACCCUGCUGGAUUCUGAGACCGGGGUUCUUAGCCUCGGUGGCACCAUCGCGAAGGAAUUCGAGGAGGCCAAAUUACGAGGGGAGAUCGAGCUGAAGCACCUCGGAGACCCGCUGGCCACAUCGCAUUGGGUGGACGAGCAGGUGGACGCCCAAUUGACGUUUCUUAUACCGCCUGACGCCUCAUGGGACAAACAUUUCAAGUGGACUGAGGUGCAGGGGGCGGCGGGAUGGUGGACAGCUCUGAUGAAGGGUGUCUGGAUCAACGGUGCAAAGGUCCUCAAAAAUCAACCCUCCAUCUUCGAUCUCAACACGCCCUUUAUCCUCGCACCACCAAUCGCAGCCAAACGUUUCUACGAUUCCAUUGGAGGCACAAAGCGAUUACCACCACCUUACGACAACUUCUUUGCCUUUCCGUGUCUGAACCGAGCAAAUAUCGCGCUUGAGAUCGGUGGUUGGAACUUUCCUACUAUGCAUGGCGAGAGCACGUCGGCGGAUGCACUGUACGGGCCUGCAGGCGGGAGGUUCAGCCUAGGCAAAGUGGCCGACGGGACAGGCUAUUGCGUGGGCAGCCUGGUGGAAACGAGGAUGGGGUUGAAAAAGCAAUGGAUGGAGAGCGGGAUGAAGGAUAUGUGGGUGCUUGGAGAGCCUUUUUUCAGGGGUUUGGGAGUGGUGUUUGAUGCGGACGAAGGGAGGGUGGGUGUACGGACUUAUUGA